AAAGGCGUAUCGGUUUGGAUUAGUGUGCAACACAUGUGUUACGUCGUAAUUAUCGGAUGAUUGUUGUAACUACUGGUUUGGGAGUUUUAUUGAAAUAUGGACAACUCUAAGAAGAUGCUAAGUUUAAAUGAAGUAAUUUUAUGCUGUGUGUGCUCUGUAGUGUGCAUUUCAGCAUCAUCAACCGUUACUUUACACGCGCAAAUAAUCGAAACAACACCAAGAGUAAAAUAUGAAUUUGUGUGCUUUUGGGCAUUUGACCCAUACGCUCCAGUCAAUGUGUACAGAAAAAAGAAGUCUGAAACUGAUUGGCAGAAUGUCUUGACGAUUUCUUAUCACGAGAAAGGUUGUUCUAUAAGACCUCCGUCUCAGCCUGAUGGUUUUAAUUGUGGAUGUUUAAUCCGUGGACGUACAGGUUGUAAUAUAACAAGCUCUCCGGAAAUCAGUGAAGACGUCGAAUGGAUGUGUGAAAUUCUUUUAAGACCAGUAAUAAAACAAAGCAAUAUUGUAACUGUAUCAAUAAAAGAUAUUAAUCAAAAUAAAGGACAGGAAUACGUUUUCUAUACAACGGAAAACCAAAGCGUUUUGCUUAAUUGUUCUGACGAUAAAUCAAUUUCAAAGAAAUCAACGCAAUCAAUCUCAGUGAACGAGGUUUUAGUACAGUCAUUUCGAAACGGAACGCAGUUUAACCGAAUCCAAAAGAGUGAGGACAAUGAACACUUUAAUGUUUCGUUUACAAGGAAUGAUAACGGCACCUUUAUGUCUUGCAUACGUGGGCUAAGGAUCAUAGCCCGAUGGACAAUCGUCGUGUUGUAUCCACCAACUGUUAUUGACAUGAAGGACAUCGCAAUUUCAGAGAACAGAACAAUAAGCCAGGAAUGCAAGUAUAUACAUGGCAACCCAACACCGACAGAUAUAUCUUGGUGGGUAGGGAGUAAGUUACUUGUGCUGGGCAGUCAGCUGGCAAUAACUCAAGUUAGCAGACAGAGUGAUGGAAUAUACAGGUGUGAAGCCAUAAAUCGUUUUGAUCAAUAUGAAAUGCCAUAUAUUGGCAAAGGAUCGGGCAUGUUUCAACUCAAAGUCCAGUAUCCCGCAACAAUAAAACGUUUCCAUAUCAACGCAUUACCACAUAUUGUUCAAGUGACGCUGAUAGAAACGGAACAUGCAACAUUCCAAUGCAUCGGGGACGGAAAUCCUCAUCCAACACUUACGUUAAUAAAACAGCCAACAGAUGAACUAAAUGAGACAUUAACACAUACUUUUGAUGGAAUGAUCCUUCGUUAUGACAUUGCGGCUGUUAGCAGUAAACAUUCUGGCCAAUAUACCUGUGCAUCUUCCAACUCUUUUGGCGAGAAUGCCAGAACUCUGCAUUUAUACAUAAAACGUUUACAAGAACUUGGGAAUCUUAUGCACGGAAGAUCGAUGCUUAUAACGGAUACCUCAGUUAACCUGCAGUGGAUUCUUUCCGACGCUAGAACGCUAAAUAUAGUGCAAAACAAAACGUGUUAUGUUCUUUACAAGACUAGUAAAGACAUAGAUUGGCACACAAGUAUCAUAGAUAUAGAUGGGACGCUGGAUUUGACAAUACUAAAGCUGGAUCUUGAGCUGACGCACCUGCGCCCUGACAUUCAGUAUGAAGCUCAGUUGAUAGCAAGUUUUUCGUCUGGCAAUUACUCCAUCGCACCAACAUUGACGUUCAAGACAUUGUCGUUUUCGGAGGAGACUAAACUUUACAUAAUCGUUGCGGCUAUUGUCGGUUCGGUGCUUAGCAUGUGUAUCAUGGGCGCAACUCUGCGACUGUGUUUGAAAAGAUCACUAAGAAAUGAUGCACAUGGAGAGAUUGAAAACGUAUGGAUGAGCGCGCAAAAUAAUAUGGGCACUAUGAAUACGAUAGGAAAUGCACCCGGAAUCAUAUUAACACAAGAUGAAGACCAUUAUGAUUGCAUUGAUAUGAGUAAAAUACAUCCAAGCAUCGAUCCACAAGACGCUCACAGGGCUCAUAUUGAAUCAGUGCCUACUCAAAUUAUUGAUGGAACCAAUAUACGUGGUGAAAUAUGUUUGCAGACCAAAACGGCAAAUAAAGACGCGUAUGGCAUCCUGAUUCGCUCUAGAGACCCGGCUGAGGAGCAGUACAACUGUAUUGGAGAGGUUGUUGAAGAUAAAGUAAAAGAAUACAUGACUGAGUGCUGUCAUAGCAGUAGUUCGACAACCGAUUCGGCAAUCUCCGAAACAUGUUUACAGUAUUUAACAGUGAUUGACAACCUUCCGGUUCAACCAGAAAGGUAAUAUUUUUAAGAAAUUGUAUAGAAAGUAAUUGUGUAUGCAUGCUAUUAAGCAAUUGGCUGCAAGAUAACAAUACGUUAUGCCAAAUCAGGAUGUUCUUGGGUGUAUGCGGUGGGGGUCGGAGUGUGGUGGUUG